CGUGGAGCUGGCGCACUCUCCCGAACAUCUUCAUCCACCGCCCCGCCGUCACUGAGGCUGCUCCCGCCGCGCAGAGCCCGCAGAGCCCGCGCAUCCCGCCCAGACACGCGCAACGACGACUGGCAUGUCGCGAGCCGCCGCCACCCGCCCCGUUGCUCCUUGAUUUUGGCGCACCAUGGCCGACCACCCCGAGCUGCAGGCGCGGCUCCAGGAGCUGGACCACGAGCUGGAGGAGGGCGACAUCACGCAGAAAGGCUACGAGAAGCGCAAGACGGUGCUGCUGUCGCAGUUCCUGGGCCCGGACUAUGCCGCGCAGCUGCAGAACGACCUGCGCGACAGCCCGGCGCAGAGCGAGCACUCGGGGUCGCGCCACGCCUCGCUGGCCGCCCUCUCUGGCCCGCCGUCUGGCCCGCCGUCUGGCCCCCCGUCCGCCUUCGACCCGCGCGCGAGCAUCGCCUCGAGCAACUUCGAGUAUGCGCCCUCGGCCACCACCGCCACGGGCGCGUCGCAGUACAUGGCCUACCCGCCCAGCCAGGUCGGCCGCUUCCAGGAGAAGCAGCUGGGCCUGCGCACCGCGUCGCUGCAGCGCGCCCCGUCGCAGGGCAGCGAGACCUUCAUCCCGCGCCCGCAGACGCCCGAGUACAACUACUCGCGCGAGGGCACCAUGAUGGGCUCCAACUAUGCCUUCAACCCGGACACCCAGCCGCAGGCCUACGACGGCGGCUUCGGCUCGCCGGGCGAGAUCAGCCGCCGCAGCACCAUGCUCGACGUCAACCAGGGCUACUUCUCCGACUUCACCGGCCAGCAGAUGCAGGACCAAGCCGACGCCUACGGCGGCCCCAACCGCUACUCGUCGGGCGACGCCUUCUCGCCGACCGCCGCCAUCCCGCCGCCCAUGAUGCACCCGAGCGACCUGCCGCACGGCGCCAUCAUCCAGACCAUGAUGCCGCUCGAGCCGCGCGACCUGCCCUUCGACGUCUACGACCCGCACAACCCGAACACCCAGAUGGCCAAGUUCGACAACAUCGGCGCGGUGCUGCGCCACCGUGGACGCACGCAGCCGCGGCAGACAGCCUUCUGGGUCCUCGAUUCCAAGGGGAAGGAGACCGCCUCCAUCUCCUGGGAAAAGGUGGCGAGCCGAGCGGAGAAGGUCGCAAAGGUCAUACGCGACAAGAGCAACCUGUACCGGGGCGACAGGGUUGCGCUGGUCUACCGAGACACCGAGAUUAUCGAGUUCGUCGUCGCUCUGCUCGGCUGCUUCAUCGCUGGCGUUGUCGCAGUCCCCAUCAACAGCGUGGACGACUACCAGAAGCUCAUCUUGCUCCUCACGACCACGCAGGCGCAUCUUGCGCUGACCACAGACAACAACCUCAAGGCCUUCCACCGCGACAUCAGCCAAAACCGUCUUAAGUGGCCGAGCGGCGUUGAAUGGUGGAAGACCAACGAGUUUGGCAGCUAUCACCCCAAGAAGCAUGACGACACGCCAGCACUGCAAGUCCCAGAGGUGGCGUAUAUUGAGUUUUCACGCGCCCCGACUGGUGACCUGCGUGGUGUCGUCCUCAGUCAUCGCACCAUCAUGCAUCAGAUGGCCUGCGUCAGCGCCAUCGUUUCGACCAUUCCCACAGGGCGCGAGACCGCCGACACGUUCAGCGGCAAUCUACGAGACAAGGAUGGCAAAUUCAUUGCGCCACCUCCACGAUCGUCGCCGACCGAAGUCAUUCUCAGCUACCUGGAUCCGCGCGAAAGCGCAGGCAUGAUCUUGGGUGUUUUAUAUGCUGUGUACGGCGGACAUACCACAGUCUGGUUAGAACCGCCAACGAUGGAUACCCCUGGACUAUACGCACACCUCAUUACCAAGUACAAGGCGACCAUCUUGGUUGCAGACUAUCCAGGCCUGAAGCGAGCUGCGUACAACUACCAGCAAGACCCAAUGGCCACGCGUAAUUACAAGAAGAAUGCCGAUCCCAACUUUGGAUCGGUAAAGAUAUGCCUCAUCGACACGCUUACAGUUGAUUGCGAGUUCCACGACAUUUUGGGAGAUCGUUGGUUCAGACCGUUACGCAACCCACGUGGAAAGGAAUUGAUCGCGCCCAUGCUUUGCCUACCGGAGCACGGCGGCAUGAUAGUCUCGGUCCGCGAUUGGUUAGGCGGAGAAGAGCGCAUGGGCUGCACCUUGAGCAUCGAGGAAGAAGACGAAGAAGACGAUGCGAAGGAGCUGGAGAACAACACUAAUGGCUACUCAAGUCUGAUUGGCGGCGGUACCACGAGCAAGAAGGCAAAGCAAAAGAAGAGUCGCAACGAGCUGUUGGAGAUCCUGUUGGACAAAGAAGCGCUCAAGAUGAACGAGAUUGUGGUGGUAGCUAUAGGUGAGGAAGCAAGCAAGCGCGCAAACGAACCAGGCACGAUGCGAGUGGGAGCUUUUGGAUACCCCAUCCCAGACGCUACUCUUGCCGUUGUAGACCCAGAGACCAAUCUGCUCUGCUCUCCGUACAGCGUUGGAGAGAUCUGGGUCGACUCGCCGUCGCUCUCUGGAGGGUUUUGGCAGCUCCAGAAGCACACCGAAACCAUCUUCCAUGCUCGUCCAUAUCGAUUUGUCGAAGGGAGCCCGACACCGCAGCUUCUUGAGCUGGAGUUUCUCCGCACCGGACUACUUGGCUGCGUGGUCGAAGGCAAGAUCUUCGUACUCGGUCUCUACGAAGACAGGAUUCGCCAAAGAGUUGAGUGGGUCGAGCACGGAGUGCUGGAAGCGGAACAUCGCUACUUCUUCGUGCAGCAUCUAGUCACGAGCAUCAUGAAGUCGGUACCGAAGAUCUACGACUGCUCGGCUUUUGACUCAUAUGUCAACGGCGAAUAUCUACCGAUCAUCCUGAUCGAAACGCAGGCUGCGUCGACAGCACCGACAAAUCCGGGCGGGCCACCGCAGCAGCUUGAUGUCCCUUUCCUGGAUUCGUUGUCAGAGCGUUGCAUGGAAGUACUCUAUCAGGAACACCACCUGCGAGUAUACUGCGUUAUGAUCACAGCACCAAACACCCUGCCUCGAGUCAUCAAGAACGGCAGGCGGGAGAUCGGUAACAUGCUCUGCCGUCGAGAAUUCGACAAUGGCUCGCUUCCUUGCGUUCACGUCAAGUUUGGCGUAGAACGAUCCGUGCAGAACAUCUCUUUGGGCGAUGAUCCUGCGGGCGGAAUGUGGUCCUUUGAAGCUUCCAUGGCUCGACAGCAGUACCUGAUGCUGCAGGACAAGCAAUACUCGGGAGUUGAUCAUCGCGAAGUUGUCAUUGACGACCGCACAUCAACCCCGCUCAAUCAGUUUUCGAACAUUCAUGAUCUUAUGCAAUGGCGCGUAUCGCGCCAGGCAGAGGAUCUUGCCUACUGCACUAUCGAUGGCAGGGGCAAGGAGGGCAAGGGCGUCAACUGGAAGAAAUUCGACCAAAAGGUUGCCAGUGUCGCUAUUUACCUCAAGAAUAAGGUCAAGGUUCAGGCGGGCGAUCACCUUCUGCUGAUGUACACACAUUCCGAGGACUUUGUUUACGCCAUCCACGCCUGUUUCGUCCUAGGUGCCGUCGCUAUCCCAAUGGCACCCAUCGACCAAAACCGGCUCAAUGAAGAUGCACCUGCCUUGCUGCACAUUGUUUCGGAUUUCAAGAUCAAGGCCAUUCUCGUCAACGUCGACGUGGAUCAUCUCAUGAAGGUCAAGCAGGUAUCACAACAUCUCAAGCAGUCUGCGGCUAUCCUCAAGGUCAACAUACCUCACAUGUACAAUACUACGAAGCCAAGUAAGCAGUCAAGUGGCUGUCGUGACUUGGGCCUGACCAUCCGGCCGGCUUGGGUCCAAGACGGAUAUCCUGUUCUUGUCUGGACGUACUGGACUCCGGACCAACGGCGCAUCGCUGUUCAAUUGGGCCACAGCAACAUCAUGGCCCUCUGCAAAGUCCAGAAAGAGACAUGUCAGAUGACCAGCUCCAAGCCUGUCCUGGGAUGUGUGAGAAGCACUAUUGGUCUGGGUUUCAUCCACACUUGCAUCAUGGGCAUCUUCUUGGCUGCACCUACGUACCUUGUAUCACCAGUCGACUUUGCACAGAACCCGAACUUGCUGUUCCAGACUAUGGCUAGAUAUAAGAUCAAGGACGCAUAUGCGACAAGUCAGAUGUUGGAUCACGCCAUAGCACGAGGAGCGGGCAAGACAAUGCAUCUCCAUGAGCUGAAGAACCUGAUGAUUGCGACUGACGGUCGACCCCGCGUCGAUGUUUACCAACGGUGCCGCGUGCAUUUCUCCCCCGCGAACCUCGACCGCACAGCCAUCAACACAGUGUACUCACACGUGCUGAACCCAAUGGUUGCCUCCCGGUCAUACAUGUGCAUCGAGCCCAUCGAACUUCAUCUCGAUGUGAACGCUCUGCGACGUGGUCUGAUCAUGCCUGUAGAUCCAGACAUCGAGUCAAAUGCGCUACAAGUACAAGAUUCCGGUAUGGUACCCGUGAGUACGCAAAUCAGCAUCGUCAAUCCAGAAACCAACCAUCUCUGCCUGGUCGGAGAAUAUGGUGAGAUCUGGGUGCAAUCUGAGGCCAAUGCACACAGCUUCUAUGGCUCGAAGGAGCGUCUGGAUGCAGAACGCUUCAACGGGAGAACUGUCGACGGGGAUCCAAACGUCAGAUACGUGCGUACUGGAGAUCUGGGCUUCUUGCAUAACGUCACAAGACCUAUCGGCCCUGGAGGAGCACCUGUCGAUAUGCAGGUUCUCUUCGUACUAGGCAGCAUUGGCGACACAUUCGACGUCAAUGGCUUGAACCACUUUAGUAUGGACAUCGAGUCAUCGGUGGAACGCUGCCACCGGAACAUCGUCCCGCAAGGCUGCGCCGUGUUCCAAGCGGGAGGGUUGGUUGUGGUUGUUGUGGAGAUUUUCCGCCGCAACUUCCUCGCAUCUAUGGUGCCUGUCAUCGUCAACGCCGUGCUCAACGAGCACCAGCUGGUCAUCGACAUUGUCGCCUUCGUUCAAAAGGGUGACUUCCACCGCUCACGUCUCGGCGAGAAACAGAGAGGCAAGAUCCUCGCAGGAUGGGUCACUCGCAAGAUGCGCACCAUCGCCCAAUACAGCAUCCGCGAUCCCAACGGCUCUGAAAUGCAGCAGAUGAUCAGCGAAGAGCCAGGCCGAGCAAGCACCUCGACCUUUAUGAGAGGUCCGCCAAGCACUAAGGGCUCCCUGCGCGCAAGCAGUACACUGGGCCUUACAGCACAGGCACAGCUGAACAGCAUGCACCUCUCACAUCGCGCUUCGAUGCACGAGCUCAAUCAGCAAGGUCAGCAGUACGCGCAAGGUGGCGGCCAGAUGUCCGCACAGGGGCAACAAGACUACGGCGAUUACCUCCCGCGACAGAGCAUCUCGGAACUAGACAACCGGACACAGUCACUGUCUCUCGACCCAAACCACCCCGGCCUGCCCUUUGACGAGGGGGACAGAAACGAGCGGACACCCACCGACCUCCGCCGCGACUUCCUCCCAGCCCCAGCCCAGCAGCAGCACUCAAUGGACUACUCGCCCAUUGACCCCGCCGGCGCCGGUGUCUUCGACAGCCCCAUCGACGGCCACCAACACCAGUACGAACCCCAGCAAUACGAACCCCAACAAUACGCACCCCAGCAGUACGAGCCCCAGCAGUACCAGCAGUACGAGCCCCCACAACACAACUCUCAGCCCCUCCCCGCCAUCCUCCGCGUCGGCACCGCGCAGUCAGACGACCACGCCCAGCAACAACAACAACACCCCCCCGCGCAGCAGUUCCAGCUGCACAACCCCGAGCCCGAGCGCCACGACUCGAGCGACGAUGAAGGGUACAACGGCCGCGCGGGUGGCUUGCGCGUCGCGAAUAGGGACUCCACGGCGAGCAACGACUCGUGGACAAGGGAAGCGCUGGCGCAGAUGGACUUUGCCGGGACGGCGGGCGCGGGUAUUGCGAAGUAGACACGGCGCGUGGAGCAGCGGCGCGGAGUGCAGCAGAGUGCAGCAGCGCGUGGAGUAGAGCAGUGUGGAGGGUCGUGUAGGGAGUAGUGUUGCGCAGGAAGCAGGGUCACGCACGAAGUACUCUCACACAGAGCAGUCUCACACAGAGCACACACACCAACACCCCCAUAGACACAUCCCCAACCGCAGGCGCGGUACGUACUGUAUAGGUAGACGCAGAUAGACCGCCAAUACAACCCGCCAAUACACUUCCCACCACCCAAGCCUGGCCAAGAGUUGCCGCGUUCCCGUGCCGUGCGCGCGGGCGCUUCAAUCUCGCGUGUUUGCUCCCUCUGUGUGCGCACUGUGUGUGCACUGUGUGCGCGGCGAGUGUGCGCCGGGCGUGCGCGCGCGCGGAUGGAAUUCAGGAG